GAGGCGGACCUUGGGAAAACCGUCUCAUGUUUGGGGGGCGGGGGGCAAAGAUGGCGGAGCUGAUGCUCCUGAGCGAGAUCGCGGACCCGACUCGUUUUUUCACCGAUAACUUGCUGAGCCCGGAGGACUGGGACUGCACCUUGUACACGGGCCUGGAUGAAGUGGCCGAGGAGCCCACGCAGCUCUUUCGUUGCCCAGAGCAAGAUGACCCGUUUGGCAGCAGCUCUCUGGAUCUGGGGAUGGAUGUCAGCCCCCCUGAACCUCCAUGGGACUCCCUACCUAUCUUCCAAGCCACUUUACCUCCAGAUCUGCAGGUGAAGUCUGAGCCAUCCUCCCCCUGCUCUUCUUCCUCACUCAGCUCGGAAACGUCCCAGCUUUCUACAGAGCCCUCCAACCAGGCCUCUGGUGUGGGGGAGAUGUUGAUUGUGAAGACUGAGUCCUUGGCACCCCCACUCUGCCUUCUGGGAGAUGAUCCAGGAUCUCCAUUUGAAACUGUCCAGAUCAGUGUAGGCCCCACCUCCAAUGACCCAUCAGAUGUCCAAACCAAGCUAGAACCUGUUUCUCCAUGUUCCUCUGUUCAUUCAGAGGCUUCCCUGCUCUCAACAGAGUCCCCCAAUCAGGCUUUCGGAGAAGAGAUCCUGGAGGUGAAGACAGAGUCCCCAUCCCCUCAGGGCUGUCUCCUGAAGGAUGUCUCAGGUCCCCUACCUGGAGCUGUCCAGAUCAGCAUGGGCCCUUCCCCUGAUGGCUCCUCAGGCAAAGCCCUGCCUGCCCGGAAGCCACCCCUUCAGCCCAAACCUGUGGUGAUAACCACUGUCCCGAUGCCACCCCGCCCUGUGCCUCCCAGCACCACCGUCCUUUUACAGCCUCUUGUCCAGCCUCCUCCAGUGUCCCCAGUUGUUCUCAUCCAAGGUGCUAUUCGGGUCCAGCCGGAGGGCCCAACUCCCCCAACUCCCCGGCCUGAGAGGAAGAGCAUUGUUCCAGCCCCUGUACAUGGGAACUCCUGCCCACCCGAGGUGGACGCGAAGCUACUGAAGCGGCAGCAAAGAAUGAUCAAGAAUCGGGAGUCAGCCUGCCAGUCGCGGAGGAAGAAGAAAGAGUAUUUGCAGGGGCUGGAGGCCCGGCUGCAGGCUGUGCUGGCCGACAACCAGCAGCUCCGUCGGGAGAAUGCUGCCCUCCGGCGGCGGCUAGAGGCCUUGCUGGCUGAGAACAGCGAGCUCAAGUUAGGGUCUGGAAACCGGAAGGUUGUUUGCAUCAUGGUCUUCCUUCUCUUCAUUGCCUUCAACUUUGGCCCUGUCAGCAUCAGCGAGCCUCCUCCAGCUCCCAUCUCUCCUCGAAUGACUGGAGAGGGACCUCGGCCCCGGCGACACCUGCUUGAGUUCUCAGCACAGGAGCCUCUUGGUGGAGUUGAGCCCCUGCAGGACUCUCAGGGCCCCGCGGAAGCCCCAUCCAGCCUAGGCCCACCUAGUUUCAGAAACCUGACAGCCUUUGCUGGAGGCACCAAGGAGCUGCUACUCAGAGACCUGGACCAGCUCUUCCUUGCCUCGGACUGUCGGCACUUCAACCGAACCGAGUCCCUGAGGCUUGCUGACGAGCUGAGUGGCUGGGUCCAGCGCCACCAGAGAGGCCGGCGGAAGGUCCCCCAGAGGGUCCAGGAGAGACAGAAGUCUCAGCUACGGAAGAAAUCUCCUCCAGUUAAGGCAGUCCCCACCCAGCCUCCAGGGCCCCCUGGACCCCCUGGAAGGGACUCUGUGGGUCAGCUGCAGCUGUACCGUCACCCAGAUCGUUCGCAGCCAGAGUUCCUAGAUGCAAUAGACCGGCGAGAAGACACGUUCUACGUCGUCUCCUUUCGAAGGGAUCACUUACUGCUCCCAGCCAUCAGCCACAACAAGACCUCUCGGCCCAAGAUGUCCCUGGUGAUGCCCGCCAUGGCCCCCAAUGAGACCCUGUCAGGCCGGGGUCCCCCCGGGGACUAUGAGGAGAUGAUGCAGAUCGAGUGCGAGGUCAUGGACACCAGGGUGAUUCACAUCAAGACCUCCACAGUGCCCCCCUCACUCCGAAAACAGCCGCCCUCAACCCCAGGCAAUGGAACAGGAGGCCCCUUGCCAGCUUCUGCCACUGAUCAGACCCACCAGGCCACACGUCAGCCCCUCUACCUCAAUCAUCCUUGACCUCUGCAGCUCACACUGACCUAGACCGUGGGGUGGUGGGUGGGCGGGGGGACCAAGUCUCUAAUUUCCCUAUGUCCUAGGGCAAUUGGUAAAGGAAAGCUUAGGUUAUGGGAGUCAAGCACUUACUGGGAGGUUAGGGGGUUCAGCUUUCUUCUGCCCCUUUUGGGAACCUAGGGCUCCUCUAAUAUCUAUGAAACCCAGCCCCUCCUUUCCUGAAGGGUAUUGAGUGAAGUUGAACUGGGGCGUGUGCAUUUCCUUAUUCUUUUGUUUUUCUGUGUUUUGGGGGGGGUAGGGAUGUGGAAGUGGGAAUGGAGUCCCCAGGUGGGACAAGGAAAAUUUUUACAUUUUGGAACUUGUUACUGGGUGUAAAGAAGGAAUAGUAGAGGAAGAUGAGGUUUAUGUAUGUGUGUGUCUUUUUUUAAUUAUUAAAUAAACAACCUGGAGGGAGUGAAAGGAA